GCCCGCGCAUGCGCACUGCGUUGUAUCCGGGUCCUGCGUUCCCUCGGUCGGCGGGAAAUGGCGCCCGGGAUUUAGCUGCCGCGGUCCGGAGAUACGGAGGACACCGGCACCGGGAAGGCCGAGAACAAAUCGUCAUCACCCUGUGAUCUCGCCGCUUAUUCCCCGGAGCACGCCGGGACACUCCAGCUUUUAUGUGGCACUCGUAAAGAUGAGGCUAAGGACGCGGAAGGGGUCUCCGCGCAGCAGUCACGGUCCUGCCGGACGCACUGCACGUACCAAGAGGAAGCACUCGGAGGAAGAGGAGGAGGAAGAGAGCUCUCCGAUUGCAGAAAAGUUGUCUAAGCCAGACACUGGCCUGCUGUCCACCAUAAAAAAUUUCAUCAAAGGCAGCACAGCAAAGGAGGAUCGAGAGAACCCUGCAAAGAGGAGCAGAGUGGAGCGUGACCUCGAUAACAACCUCAUCACCUCAACUCCGCGUACCGGUGACAAACCAAGCAAGCCCAUUGCACGUGUCCGGCGGAAAAGUCAAGUUAAUGGAGAAGCAGCAAGUUACGAGGUGACCCCUCAACACCUAAAACAAAAUGGAAAGCUGGAUGAUGGAUCUAUUGCAACCAGCCCACCCAGGACCACACUGCUGGGGACCAUUUUUUCUCCUGUCUUCAACUUUUUCUCACCAGCAAAUAAAAAUGGCACGUCUGGAUCAGACUCUCCAGGACAAGCAGUGGAAGCUGAAGAGAUAGUGAAACAAUUGGAAAUGGAGCAGGUGGAUGAAAUCAGCACCAGCACCACCACAUCCACCAACGGAACAUCCUACCCUGGUCAGGGGACACCUGUCCGUUCAGCAGCCAAUAGCUGGCUAGAAGCAGGUGAGGAUGCCCCUGAGCGGGACAUCCCAACAUUAACAGCCCCAGUGUCCCCAGACAGCGGUUACUCCUCUGCACAUGCUGAAGCUGCUUAUGAAGAAGACUGGGAGGUGUUUGACCCAUACUAUUUUAUUAAACAUGUCCCGCCCCUGACUGAAGAGCAACUCAACAGGAAGCCAGCUCUCCCCUUAAAGACCAGAAGUACACCAGAGUUCUCUCUUGUCCUGGACUUGGAUGAGACCUUGGUUCACUGCAGCCUCAAUGAGUUGGAAGAUGCUGCCCUGACAUUUCCAGUGCUGUUCCAAGAUGUCAUUUACCAGGUUUAUGUGCGGUUAAGGCCUUUCUUUCGUGAGUUCUUAGAACGCAUGUCUCAGAUUUAUGAGAUAAUUCUUUUUACGGCAUCAAAGAAAGUCUAUGCAGACAAAUUACUAAAUAUUUUGGAUCCCAAAAAGAGGCUGGUCAGACACAGACUAUUUCGAGAGCAUUGUGUGUGUGUCCAAGGGAAUUACAUUAAAGACCUGAACAUCCUGGGGAGGGAUCUUUCUAAAACAAUCAUCAUUGAUAACUCACCACAAGCCUUUGCAUACCAGCUUUCUAACGGGAUUCCCAUUGAGAGUUGGUUUAUGGAUAAAAAUGACAAGGAGCUGCUGAAGCUUGUCCCGUUCCUGGAGAAGCUUGUAGAACUGAAUGAGGAUGUGCGACCUCACAUCAGAGACAGAUUUCGCUUACAUGACUGUUUGCCACCAGAUUAGAAGAUCAUCAAGCACCUGCAGGAUCCCCUGACCACAAGGGGGCAGCUUUCAGAUACCUGCAGGGGAGCAAAGCUGCACAACCACAGGACUGAAGCAUACAUGUACACAACCAUUUGCCAUAACUGCUGAAGGCAUUUCUUUACUUUGCUGUCUAAAAAAAAAAAAGAGAAAAAAAAAAUAUAUAUGGGGGAAAAAAGGAACGGUUUCACCGUGACGUGUUGUGACUGGUAUGGUGGCACAUCACUGAGCAGCUUGGCCUCCUCCCAGGAAUUAUUUCUCCGAGAGAAACCCGCUGUCUGUGAGCUGCAGAUUGCAUCCUAUCCGCUGUUAAAUAGUUUGUCUGUGUCAGCAGGAACAGAGUUUUUCUCAAAUUUCGGAUUUAACAUCCUACACAGUGAUCCUUUUAUUAGUGUAGAGUAUUCAUGAUCCAUUCCUUGUAUUUCAGUCGCUUCAAUCUGUUCUAGUAGCCAAAUUUUACUUUUAUGUUGUAUGAUAUGUUUGGCUGUUCCUAUUCUCUGCUUGCAUAAUGUUUUUUUUUUGUUUGUUUUUUUUAUUUAUUUUAUUUUUUGUUAGAUAAAAUCAAAUUCUUAAGGUUCAAUCCAUGUAAGCUCCAA